CUCCCCCAAGCUGCGUCCGGGUGCUAGGCAACGGAGGACUGGUCCGAGCUCUGCACGGAUGCCCUGCACAGGCUCCCAAGAUGGAAACUGAGUACUUGAAAAGGUGCUUCAGAAAUAGCCUGUCCCAGGCACUGGCGGAGGUGGCAAAGGUUAAGCCCAGUGACCCAAUAGAGUACCUGGCUCACUGGCUUUAUCACUACAGAAAACUUGAGACAGACAAAGAAAAGAAUAGGCAAGAGGAGACUGAACUGCAGGAGGAAUAUCACCGUGGUCUGAAGGAACAGGAAAUGAUGGAAAUGCUGAAACAAGAAGAAUAUCAAAUCCAGCAGAAAUAUGCAGAGCAUCACAAGGAGCAGAUUUCCACAGAGAAGGCCAUAUUCAUGCAAGAGGACACAGAACCUUUGGAGGAGGUGGCCUUGGAGGAAGAAUCCUUGCCAAGUUCCUCCAACAUAAUCCCAACAGUGCCUCAGUGGAGUCCUCCUUCAGACUCAGCUGGCCAGACUGAGCAGAGCAUUGACACUCCACAAGAAAUGAACUUAGAGAAGACGUUUACUUCCUCUUGAAGCUGCUCAUGAAAUGCCCCCUCUCUCCAACUCCGCUUCCUAGAGGAUCAGAAUGGAGAGAAUGCAAAGGACCCAUUCCCUUGAUACUGUGAGCCAAGAAGAUGACCAGCAAGGUGAGCUCUCACCUAAACCAAAAUUCGAGAGACUGUGAAAGGUGGUGUCUGAAGGAUCUCUCCAACCCAAGGACUGGUUCACCAGCCAGGAAACCCCUAAAUUAUGAGAAAAUUUGCACUCGUUACAGGAUAAAAUCAACUCACAAUAAGGAC